GUCAAACUAUAACUAAGAAACACCAAAAACAUAUUUUCUUCAUUCCUAAGCGAAGCUCCCACGGGGGCAGUUAUUCUCAUACAGCAACUUCACCACGCCCUGGUGGUUAAGCCUUAAAUAAUCCAUAAACAAAAACCCCAAGAAAAAGGGGUGAAUCUUUAGAGCUUUUUUUUCUUCGAAGAAAGCAAAUUUUCAUAUAAAAAAAAGAGAAGAAAGAUGCAAGCUUGGUUCUCAGGGGGCAGUAGUGUGGGUGAGGAUCAGGGAAAAGAAGGAUCUUCGCUUUUAGCAGAUUGGAAUUCAUAUGCAGCUUCAAGAGAAUCAGAAGAGGGAACUGCGUUUCGGUUCGAUCUCGAGUCUGCUAUGAGGUCUGCCAAUGAUACCGUCACUGGUACUUUCGAUGUUGUUUCAAAGGGGGUGAGAGAUAUUCCGGGGAACUUCCAAUCUGCCACGAGUGUUCCUUCAGGAAAAGCACUCGUCUAUUUUGGUUUAUUUCUGGCGAGUGGGAUCUUUUUCGUUUUCAUCGCUUUUACCAUGUUUCUUCCAGUCAUGGUGAUCAUGCCACAAAAAUUUGCUAUCUGCUUUACUCUUGGAUGUGGCUUUAUCAUCGGAUCCUUCUUUGCUCUUAGAGGCCCAAAGAAUCAGUUAGCCCACAUGUCAUCAAAAGAGAGGCUUCCUUUUACUCUGGUUUUCAUUGGGAGUAUGGUGGGUACCAUCUAUGUUUCCAUGGUGCUUCACAGCUACAUCCUUUCUGUUCUCUUUUCUGUGUUACAGGUUCUUGUGCUUGCAUACUAUGCUAUUUCUUACUUCCCUGGUGGAUCUGCUGGGUUGAAAUUUCUCACAUCGGCUCUUACCUCUACAGUUACUAGCUGUUUCGUUGUCAGCAUUUUCUGAUGAAGAAGUGUAACAAAUGUACUUCUACCUGCAUCAAAAUUUUCAGAACGGCCGAACUUAAUCUAUUAAUCUCUAUAUUGUUUGGACUUGGGUGUGAAUGUUGGAAACUGGUGUGGUUGGAUUUUUCUAAAGAUUUUUUAAAUGUAUUUAGCGGAUCUUUGAAGGUUA